AUGGGUGCCCUAAGGUGUAUAUGGCCACCAUUAGCUAGGAUCAUCACAUUACAACACUGCCAUACUGACCUGGCACUAUGUGGGAGGGUGUUAGUGGGAAAGUUGUUCCACUCCCCAACCAAUGCAUGUGCUAGCUUCAGCAAGUUGCUCCACUCCUCAACCAAUGCAUGUGCUAGCUUUAGCAAGUUGUUCCACUCCCCAACCAAUGCAUCUGCUAGCUUCAGCAAGUUGUUCCACUCCCCAACCCAUGCAUGUGCUAGCUUCAGCAAGUUGUUCCACGCCCCAACCAAUGCAUGUGCUAGCUUCAGCAAGCUGUUCCACUCCCCAACCAAUGCAUGUGCUAGCUUCAACAAGUUGUUCCACUCCCCAACCAAUGCAUGUGGUAGCUUCAGCAAGUUGUUCCACUCCCCAACCCAUGCAUGUGCUAGCUUCAGCAAGUUGUUCCACGCCCCAACCAAUGCAUGUGCUAGCUUCAGCAAGAUGUUCCACUCCCCAACCAAUGCAUGUGCUAGCCUCAGCAAGUUGUUCCACUCCCCAACCAAUGCCUGUGCUAGCUUCAGCAAGUUGUCCCACUCCCCAACCAAUGCAUGUGCUAGCUUCAGCCAGUUGUUCCACUCCUCAACCAAUGCAUGUGCUACCUUCAGCAAGUUGUUCCACUCCUCAACCAAUGCAUUUGCUAGCUUCAGCAAGUUGUUCCCCUCCCCAACCAAUGCAUGUGCUAGCUUCAGCAAGGUGUUCCACUCCUCAACCAAUGCAUUUGCUAACUUCAGCAAGGUGUUCCACUCCCCAACCAAUGCAUGUGCUAGCCUCAGCAAGUUGUUCCACUCCCCAACCAAUGCCUGUGCUAGCUUCAGCAAGUUGUUCCACUCCCCAAUCAAUGCAUGUGCUAGCUUCAGCAAGUUGUUCGACUCCCCAACCAAUGCAUGUGCUAGCUUCAGCCAGUUGUUCCACUCCUCAACCAAUGCAUGUGCGAGCUUCAGCAAGUUGUUCCACUCCCCAACCAAUGCAUCUGCUAGCUUCAGCAAGUUGUUCCACUCCCCAAUCAAUGCAUGUGCUAGCUUCAGCAAGUUGUUCGACUCCCCAACCAAUGCAUGUGCUAGCUUCAGCAAGAUGUUCCACUCCCCAACCAAUGCAUGUGCUAGCCUCAGCAAGUUGUUCCACUCCCCAACCAAUGCAUGUGGUAGCUUCAGCAAGUUGUUCCACUCCCCAACCAGUGCAUGUGCUAGCUUCAGCAAGUUGUUCCACGCCCCAACCAAUGCAUGUGCUAGCUUCAGCAAGUUGCUCCACUCCUCAACCAAUGCAUGUGCUAGCUUUAGCAAGUUGUUCCACUCCCCAACCAAUGCAUGUUCUAGCUUCAGCAAGUUGUUCCACUCCCCAACCAGUGCAUGUGCUAGCUUCAGCAAGUUGUUCCACGCCCCAACCAAUGCAUGUGCUAGCUUCAGCAAGCUGUUCCACUCCUCAACCAAUGCAUGUGCUAGCCUCAGCAAGUUGUUCCACUCCCCAACCAAUGCCUGUGCUAGCUUCAGCAAGUUGUCCCACUCCCCAACCAAUGCAUGUGCUAGCUUCAACAAGUUGUUCCACUCCCCAACCAAUGCAUGUGGUAGCUUCAGCAAGUUGUUCCACUCCCCAACCCAUGCAUGUGCUAGCUUCAGCAAGUUGUUCCACGCCCCAACCAAUGCAUGUGCUAGCUUCAGCAAGUUGUACCACUCCCCAACCAAUGCAUGUGCUAGCUUCAGCCAGUUGUUCCACUCCUCAACCAAUGCAUGUGCUAGCUUCAGCAAGUUGUUCCACUCUUCAACCAAUGCAUGUGCUAGCUUCAGCAAGUUGGGAGACUAG